AUGAGAGAUAUUUUGGAUCUUUUUAUUAUUAAAAAUCGGGAUCUUUCUAGUUUGUAUUUGCAAGAUAAUGACUGGCUAGUAAUUAAUAGUUUAAUUCAAUUACUUGAAUUAUUUUUUAUAGCAACUGAAAUAUUAUCAACUUCAAUGUAUUCUAUUAUAAACGACAUAAGAUUAACUAUAAUUGUAGCAAAUUUAAUUAAUUUUAAACUUCAAGAAUAUUGGGAAUAUGUUGAUGAACCAACAACAAUUGGUGCUUUGUUAGAUCCACGAUCUAAGGCUAAGACUUUUAAAGAUAUGAAUAAGCGUGAUAGAGCUAUAGCACUUUUGCAAAACAAACAGUCAUUUUUUGAAUCUUUAAUUUCCGAACAAGCUUCUGAACAAGUAACUGUUGAAGAUGAAAUUACUCGAUAUUUUGCAAUUCUAGUUGAUCCUAAUACAAAUCUGUUAGAUUGGUGGCAUCAUUUUGGUAAAGAUUUUUCAAUUCUUGCAAAUAUGGCAUUAUGCUAUCUGAGUAUUCAGGGUUCAAGCAUGCUUUCAAAACAGGCUUUUUCUAUAGCAGCAAAUACUAUAACUAAAAUUCGUUGCAACUUAAAACCUGAUACAGCACAUGCAGUCAUGUGUCUUAAAAGCUGA